AUGGAGAACCAAGGCCAAGGCCCCUCGCAACAGGGCGAGUUGAACUGGCGUCUCAGCGCCCAUCCCAUCACCCUCCUAUGUUUCCUGGGUUUCCGUAUCAGCGCGCUGCUGAUGUACUUGUUCGGAGUGCUCUUUAUUAGAAAUUUCAUCCUCGUCUUCAUCAUCACCCUUCUCCUACUCGCCGCCGACUUCUAUUACCUCAAAAACAUUGCUGGUCGACGCCUUGUCGGCCUCCGCUGGUGGAACGAAGUCAACACCACCUCCGGCGACUCGCACUGGGUCUUCGAAUCCUCCGACUCGACCACCUCCAUCACCGCCACCGAUAAACGUUUCUUCUGGCUCAGUCUAUACGUCGCGCCCGCGCUGUGGAUCGGCCUGGCCAUCCUGGCUAUUAUCCGACUAAGUAGCGUGAUCUGGUUGAGUUUGGUUGCCAUUGCGCUCGUCUUGACCAUCACCAACACCGUCGCUUUCUCUCGCUGCGAUCGCUUCAGCCAGGCAUCGACCUUCGCCAACCGUGCUUUGUCCGGUGGAAUCGUGAAUAACAUUGCUGGUGGUCUGCUGGGCAGACUAUUCAAUGCUUCAACCCAGAUCAAAACGCAGACUGUCAACAUGCCUUUUGUUCUCACUCUCGAUACCAUCCCAAACCUCAAAGAGAGACUGAUAGAGUGUGAAACCAAUCUGGCAAAUAUCGAAGAGAGUAUGGCCACGACUAUGAGCGUCAAAAUGGGUGAAGUCACGGCAGACGACGAGCCCCCGUUCCCUUUUUUGUCCGAUGAUCCCUUUGGCUGGUCCGAACUCGUCCACAUGGACGAGGACGCGCUGGAUCGAUGGAUAGAAGCGGAGUUGGACAAGGCCGAUGAAGAAUUGGAGAAGAUCGAACAUAUUAGAGACAAGUUGGAUGAGGUAAAGGAUUACAUCAGGACCUCGGACGCACCACUGGCCAUCUUGACAAGACUUCGCGCCCAAUGCAUGGGUUACAAUUUCGACGACUCAUCUAGCGAGGAAGACUUGCCUUGUGACGAAGAUUCAUUUUCCCGGGGAGACUCACCUUCCGAGGGAAAUGGUAUCAGUUCACGCGAAAGAACGUCCAGGUUGAUAGAAAUCGGCAACCGUUUCUUGCGUCGAUAUCUAGAUUCCGAAGAGGAUGAUAUCGACCCGGGCAAUAGCGAUUUCUUGAGAAAACCUGGCUGCACUUUCGAUCCUCGUCAAGAAUCCAACGAAAACUCAUCUUCCGACGAGGACUCACCUUCCGACGACCCGGGCAACAGCAAUUUCUUGAUAAAAGUUGGCCAGGCUUGCGAGCGUCUUCAAAAUUCCAACGAAGACUCAUCUUCCGACGAGGACUCACCUUCCGAUGGGGAUGACAUGGCCAAAUAG